AUGCUGCCGCGCGAUUACGGCGUACAGCUGGCGCAGUGUCGCUUCCUCGUAGCUGACAACUGCGCCGUAAACCGGCGGCUGGCAACUCUUAUGAGUCUGCCGCUUGUUGGUUGCGCAAGCCACCGCCUGAACCUUGCUGUUCAGGCGGACAUGGCGUCGCAUGAGGAGGCCCUGGCUGCUGUGCAGGCGCUCAUGGUAAAAUUGCGUACUCUCACCCAAUCUGCCAAACUACGGUUGAAAACACCACUUCGGCCUGUCAUUCGCCAGGACACGCGCUGGAGCUCUACGUUCAAGAUGGUACGGCGCUACCUCCAGCUCCUCGAGUUCCUUGACGCCGAAGACGACGACCUCAUGGACCUGCUGCCGCCGCCGGCGAUGAACAAGCGACUGCGGGCAUUGUACCAGGAGCUGUGCGACAUCGAGUCGGUCUCGAAGGUCCUUCAAGGCCACGACGUCGACCUGCUGAAUGUUCGCGAGUGGUUCGACGAGCUGAUCGCUGUCAAGCCACAAUAUGGGCGCUACAUUGGUAAUGAGGAGGAGGAGGAUCCAGCCGCGUCGUUCGUGGAGCGUCUUCGGAAGCACCGGCGGCUUGCACAGGACCGUGUCAAGUAUGAGCAGCUGAAGAGCAUCCCACCCACGUCGAACGUAGUGGAACGCUUCUUCAGCAUUGCUCGGGUGACGUUUGGUCAUCAACGACACGGCCUGCUGCCACGCACGCUUGAGACGAUUUUGUUUCUCCGCCAGAAUCGGUCGUACUGGGAUGCAACGACUGUGGACAAUUUGAGCUAG